AUGGAACCUAACACCAAUCCCACUCAACAGCGUUCAGCACCACCUCCGGGCCCUAAUGGCCCUCAAGGUAAGUACCAGCCUACCCCGCCAGCGCCUCCGUUGAGCGAAACCUUCCCACCUGACGGUCAACCAGGUGCAAUAGUUCCCAAUGGAUUGAGUUCAGACGACGCUACACCGCAGGGACCAAAUAUCGCAUCCUCCACCCAAUCUCCAGCAGAUUUUGCAGCUGAAGAGCAGUUCAGAUUAGGACCCAUGAUCAUUCUCCUUCUCGACCUGCGAGACUUUGAAAUCACCAACCUCCAUGACUCGAAUGCGUCAUAUACUCGCAGGGCUAUGAGCCAGAUGACACCAUCAUUCGCCUACCCUGUCACACUAGUCAUCACUUUCAUCUCCCUUGUCUCAAAGCGAGACCUCUAUCAUCCUCCGUUUAGGAUUCCGGCACUAUCUGCCCUGACUAAUGCUGGUAGCAUAGAACCUUAA